GGAGGACAUUUGAGACUAUAGAUCCGAGAACAGAAGAGGUAAUUGCAAGAGUGAGUGAGGGAGACAGAGAAGACAUUGAUGUUGCUGUUGCAGCAGCACGUGAAGCGUUUGACAGAGGUCCAUGGCCUCGCAUGGCUGCCUCUGAGAGGGCAAANAUAAUGAUGAAAUGGGCNGACCUAAUUGANGAAAACAUAGAAGAAGNAGCAGCNUUAGAUANCAUGGAUGCUGGAAAGUUGUACNAUNUCAACAAGUUNGNNGAAAUUCCANCAGCAGCAAAUNNUCUACGUUACUAUGCAGGAGCUGCUGAUAAAAUUCAUGGCCAAGUACUAAAAGUGAACGGAAAUUUCCAUGCAUAUACACUAAUGGAACCAAUUGGUGUUGUGGGACACAUAAUUCCCUGGAAUGCACCCAGUCACUCAUUUUUCAUCAAGGUUAGCCCUUCCUUGGCAGCAGGCUGCACCAUGGUCCUCAAGCCUGCUGAACAAACACCUCUCUCUGCUUUGUUCUAUGCUCAUCUUGCUAAGCUCGCUGGAAUCCCAGAUGGAGUUCUGAAUGUAGUACCCGGAUUUGGCNCAACUGCUGGUGCAGCAAUAAGCUCGCACAUGGAAAUUGAUGCGGUCAGUUUUACUGGUUCAGUUGAAGUAGGGCGUGAAGUGAUGCAAGCUGCAGCUAGAAGCAAUUUAAAACCAGUUUCACUUGAAUUAGGAGGCAAGUCUCCUCUCAUUAUUUUCGAUGAUGCUGAUAUAGAUCAGGCAGUGGAGCUUGCAAUCAUGGGCAUCAUGUUUAACAAGGGAGAAGUUUGUGUGGGUAGUUCUCGAGUGUAUGUCCAGGAAGGGAUCUAUGAUGAAUUUGAAAAGAAAUUGGUGGAGAAGGCAAAAGCUUGG